AUGGGGUUGCUAUCGCUCGUGAAGCGGAGAAAUGCCGCCGCCAAAAGUGAUGCCCCAGCCGACACCGCCGACGCGCAGCCCGCCGCCCCUGCGGCCGCGGAGCAGCCAUCGCCAGCCGCCGCACCUGCUGAAGGAGCUGACGACGCGGUAUAUUUGGUGCGCAAGGCGGGCUUAGCGGCGAAGGCGGCGAAGGAAGCGGCGAAGGAGGAGGUGGGGGAGGCGGAGCACACAGUGCGCGUGCUGGGGCGCGCGUACGAGAGCGUGCACGAGGCGUACAGCAUGGGGCGCGAGCUGGGGCGCGGGCAGUACGGCGUGAUCCGCGCGUGCGUGGAGAAGGCGACGGGCGUGGCGUGGGCAUGCAAGAGCAUCAGCAAGGCGCGGCUGGCGGGCGCACGCGAGGUGGAGGAUGUGCGGCGGGAGGUGCGCGUGAUGCAGCAGCUGCGCGGCCACCCCGCCAUCGUGGCGCUGCACGCCACCUUGGAAGACGACCAGCAAGUGCAUCUCAUAAUGGAGUGUUGUGAGGGCGGGGAGCUGUUUGACUGCAUUCGCCGUCGCAAGCGCUACCCGGAGGAGGACGCGGCUGUGGUGUGUCGCACGCUGGUGGGCGUGGUGGGGCACCUGCAGCGCCACGGCCUCAUGCACCGCGACCUCAAGCCCGAGAACAUCCUGCUCGUGUCGCCCGCCUCCCACACGCACGUCAAAGUCGUCGACUUCGGCCUCGCCCUCCCCGUCAACCCAGGUGCCCUCCCCGUCAACCCAGGUGCCCUCCCCGUCAACCCAGGUGCCCUCCCCGUCAAGCCAGGUGCCCUCCCGGUCAAGCCAGGUGCCCUCCCCGUCAAGCCAGGUGCCCUCCCCGUCAAGCCAGGUGCCCUCCCCGUCAAGCCAGGUGCCCUCCCCGUCAACCCAGGUGCCAAGUUUUUUGUCCGCCAGGCAGUGACUUCACACACGCACUCAUCUCGCCUCCUCCUUGCACUCCACUGCCUCCUCCUUGCACUCCACUGCCUCCUCCUUGCACUCCACUGCCUCCGUCCCUCUCCUGUGGGGCGCUGCUCACCGCACCCCUCCUCUGCAUGCAUGGCACGGCACGGGUGGUAUGCGCAUGGCGGGGCGGUGAGGGUGGCAGGGGCGCGGCUGACGGCGAUGGCGGGGAGCAGCUACUACAUGGCGCCCGAGGUGCUGGACCACUGCUACGGCGCCGAGGCGGACAUGUGGAGUGUGGGCGUCGUGCUCUUCAUCCUGCUCGCCGGUGUGCCGCCCUUCUGGGCUGCCAGCGAGGCCGGCAUCUUCAGCGCCAUCCGGGCGGCGCGAGUGGACGUGUUCAGCGGGGGGUGGGCGGGCAUCUCCCCCGACGCCAAGGACCUCGUGCUGCGCCUGCUCACGCGCGACCCCGCCCGCCGCAUCACCCCCGACAAGGCCCUCUCCCAUCGGUGGUUCAAGUCCGUCACUGCCGGCCCCCCACCCUCCCUUCUGCCCAUCAAGGCCUCCCCGGCAGAUGCUCCCACGCGCGCCCUGUCAGCUGCUGGCCCGCCAGGUGUUCGUCUGGGCGGUACGCGCGGGUCCAGCACAGCGGGGGCAGGCGGAGAGAGGGCGGGGAAGGGAGGGGAGAGGGACGGUGGUGGGCGGCGCGGUGGGCAGGAAGGAGUGGCGGCGAGCAGGAGUGUGGAGGGCGCGGGCUGGCGGGAGCAGGGGGGGAGGGGGUGCGCGGACGAUGGGCGGGAGUUGGUACGAGGCAGGGCGGGCAGCAGCGAGGGCAGCGCGGGCCGUGCAGCACGGCUGACACGGCACCGCUCGGAGGAUGUGGUGCGGCGCGGCGCAGGGGGGGCGCGGGAGUGGCAGGGCGGCACGGUGGAGGAGGAGUGGAAGGCGAUGAGGAGAGAGGAGGGGAGAGGCGCGCGGGGCAAUGACAUGAGAAGGGAAAGGGAAGGAGGCGUCGAGAUGAGGGACGAGGAGGGAGGGAGGAGCAAAGGUUGGAGCAUGAGCAGGGAGAGAGGUAGAGAGAGGGAUCAAGAACGGAAUCGGAGUAUGGGCAGGGAAUGGGAGCGGGAAAAGCGAGUGGAGAUGGAGAGAGACAGAGGUAGGGAGUGGGCGAGGGAUAGACACAGGGGUAGGGACGAGGAGAAAGAGACGAUCAAGGAAGAGGAGAGGAGUAGAGACAGAGUGAGCGAGGGGGAGAGGGAUAGAGACAGGUUCAGGGAGGGGGAGAGGGAUAAGGACAGUGAUGAGGAGGGGGAGAGUGAAAGGGACAGGGUAAGGGACAGGUUCAGGGGGAGGGAUAGAGAUGGCGAUAGAGAGACGUACCGAUUGCAAGAUGGUGGGAGGGCAUACAGGAGGAGUUUCGAGUUGGAUGAUAAACGGGAGCAGAGAUGGAGAGAGCGUGAGAGAGAAAGUGAGAGAAGCAGAGAGUUGGAUAGCGGCAGAGAGUUGGAUAGCGGCCGGGACAGGCGCAGAGAGAGGGAGAAGGAGAGAGAGGAGAUGGGACGGGAGAAGGAUUGGAAAAAGGACGUGAGGGGGGAGAGGGAAAGAGGGAGACGAAAUGAAGGUAGUGGGGCGGAGGUAGGGCGUGGUAGGGAGGAGUGUGGAGGAGGAGUGGGGGAUGGAGGGAGGAACGGGGUGCUGUGGCGAGUGGGCAGUGGCAGCAGGCGGUUGGUGGAGAAGGCAGGCGGUGUGGGAGGGGUGGGAGGGGUGGGAGGGGUGGGGGGUCUGCAGCGCCACAAGUCGGAUGUGAGCGGCCUGCUGGCAGCGGAGCACGCCCGGGCCACCCACCACCACGCCCUCUCCCCCUCUCGCCGCUCCCCCCUCUCCCCCUCUCGCCCCUCCCCCCUCUCCCCGUCUCGCCGCUCCCCCCUCUCCCCGUCUCGCCGCUCCCCCCUCUCCCCUUCUCGCCGCUCCCCCCUCUCCCCUUCUCACCGCUCCCCCCUCUCCCCCCUCUCCAGCCCCGACGCCCCCCCUGGUGCCGGGCGCGCCCCCCGACCGCGCCCGUCACGGCGCUCGCACUGGCGCCUGUCGUGCGACCUGGACGCCCCGCAUGGCAGCGCCGCCACCGCCCAGGGCGGAGCACAUGGGGGGGACGAGGAGGGGGGAGGUGGCGUGGGGGGAAGAGCAGAGAAUGAGUGGGGCAGGGCGAGCGCGCGGACGAGAGCCAUGCAGCGAUCGCCGUCUCCGGAGCGCGAGAGGGAGGAGCGCAGUGGGGGGGAGCGCAGUGGGGGGGCAGCGCACCGACGCACUGGCAGCAGCAGCAGCAGCAGCGCCCACGACCCCACCACCGCUCGCCCCUCACGGGCGUCCCACCCCACUGGGCUGCCCCCUCCCGGCGACCACCACCGCCGCCACCGCAGCUCCGGCGACGUGCUGGCCGACCUCGCCUGCCCCGCCCCCGCCCCCGCCCCCCCCACCCGCACGCCCCCCUGCGCCGCGCCGCGCUCCCUGUCUGGCGGGCGCCCCCCUGACUGCCCCCCGCGCCCGGGGCUGGCUGGCAGCAGAGGCGCGGCCGGCAGGGAGGAGCAGGGCGCGGGUGUCAAGGGCGCGGGUGACAAGGGCGCGGGGCGGGAUGGUGCGGGGCGAGUGGGUGAGCGCACGCGGCACAGCCGGAGUGCGUCAGUGGGGGUGGCGGGCAUGGGGCGCAGGGAAGGGCGGAGGCAUGGCGAUGGGGAGGAGGGGGAUGAGGAGGACAGGAUUUAUGGGGAUAGGUGGGGGGAAGCAGAGGCAGAGAUGGCAGUGCGCUCGCCGGGGGCUGGGGGUGUGCAGGCAAGGAUAGAGGAAGCAGCAGCGGAUAGGCUGCUGGGCGGGGGUGCGAGUGGGGGUGGUUUGGUUCGGCACCGAUCCAUGGACGUGGCGUCGCUGCUGCACGCCCGCUCUGCUGAUGACGCUGUCUGCCCCUCAUCCCCUGUGCGCCGCGCCCUGUCCCCUGUGCCGGGCCUCAACACAUCCCUGUCCCCUGUGCCGGGCCUCAACACAUCCCUGUCCCCUGUGCCGGGCCUCAACACAUCCCUGUCCCCUGUGCCGGGCCUCAACACAUCCCUGUCCCCUGUGCCGGGCCUCAACACAUCCACGCGCCGCACCGAUCCAUCAACGUGCGGGCAGGAGGAGGGAGCACCCAGGCGCCGCCACCAUGCCCCCAUGCCCACUUCCCCCCGCGCCCGCUCCCCUCUUCCACCCUCGCCCUGCUCCCCCACCAGCAUCACCCGCGGGCCCACCUCACAGCCCCCCACACGCACGCUGCAUGAUAGCCACUCGGCCCACUCACCCUCGCCCACCCACAAUGCCCCCUUUCAUGUGUGCCCGGCUGCCUCUCCUCCUGCCGCCACACCCCCGUCAGCGCUCGCCGCUCUGCCCCCCCAGCGUGCGCGGCGCAGCAGCGUGGACUUGGAUGCGAGGCGGCGCUGCGGGCAAGCUGGUGGGCGGCACGAGGCGCAGCGAGGCACAGAGGUGAGGGAGGUGAGGGAGGCAGCAGAGCAGGACAGCAGCAGAGGCAGCAGCCCGGGUGGGGGCAGUAGCUUCCGCAUGAAGGGCAGCAGGAGGGGGGUGGCAGAGGGAGGUGAGAGAGGAGAGGGAGGAGAGGGAGAGGAGCGUGACAGGUGGAGCUCUGGCCAGGCACGGAGAGCAGUGGGCAGUGCAGGGGUGCUUCGGGGGGGAGGUGAAGGACACGGGCACAUGCGCAGCAGCAGUAGCAAGGGGGAGCGCAGAGAGGGUUCACCGCUGGACCGAGAGGGUGGGGUUGAGUGCAGUGGAUGGGAGGAGGAGAGUUCCGAGGUGCACGGUGGGGAAGAGCAACGGGGGCAGGGACACAGAGCGAGCGGGCGGGGCCUCAAGGCGGUUGAGGCGGGUGAUGGGAGGCGGUGGAGCAAGGGAAGUGCCGGCAGGCUGGCACGGUACCGAUCUGCAGAUGUGUCCUCCCUUCUCCACUGA